UAGCCAUCGAGACAAAUUCUCCUGACGUUGUUCCAGCGACAAUCCUUCUCUUCACCAUGUGUCCCUUAAUUGCGAUUUUUCUCGUAGCGACUCUGUCGGUGGCGACCGCGGCACCAUCCGCUUGGGGUCUGGGUGCCGGUGCCGCCCUAGCCGGUCCGAUUCUAGGACCUGCGGCCCUCGCUGGACCUAUUAACGGACCGUCCGUACUGGCAGGACCGGCGGUUGGACCUGCACGCAUAUCCGGAGCCGUCGACGGCGGUGCUGUUGUCACUGGUUCUGUUGCCGGACCGUCGAUCGUUUCCGGUAGCGUCGCCGGACAUGGAGCCCUGAUCGGGCCGGCUCUUGGCUACGCGGCACCGGGCUGGGCAUCAGCUUUAGGAGCAGUGGUUGCUGGUCCUGCUAUUGGUCCAGCUGCUCUCGCCGGACCCAUCGCAGCACCAGCUUUAAUCGCUGGACCGUCCGGUAGCAUUUCUGCUGGUCACGCUGGUUUAGGCGGUAUCAUUCGUGGAUGGUAAUUCCCUUUAUCCGGCAUGAACUAAGGACCUCCGCGACUGAUCUCCUCGGCACCUCAUCAUCUCGACGACACCGCAUCAUGAUCUUCGUCAUACCGUAUUUUUAUGUAUUUUGUGUACAUAACAAAGUUCCGUACAUAUGAUAUUAUAUAUAAUAAUAAACGCAUAGCACUUCUGGAACGAAA